CUAGAUCGGAGUUACUGGGAGCAGUCGGCCAAGGAAGACCUGCAAGCCAGCCUCCGACAGAGCCUCAACAUGAACAUCGCCAAGAACGUGAUCGUCUUCGUCGGGGACGGAAUGGGCCCCAAUACGAUCACCGCUGCCAGGAUCUACCGGGCGGGUGAGAGCAGCUACCUUUUCUGGGAGAGGUUCCCUCAUGUCGGAGCUGUGAAGACUUACAACAACAAUAAGCAGGUGCCCGAUUCCGCUAGCACUGCCACCGCCAUAUUCACCGGCGUCAAGAACAACCACGGUAUGCUUGGGGUGGACGCGACCGUCAACGAAAACGAUUGCGAAGCAAGUCUGCGCGAGGAAGCUAGGUUGAAGACCAUUGGCCAACUGGCACAAGAAGCAGGCAAAUCAACUGGUAUCGUGACCACAACUCGAAUCACCCACGCGACACCAGCUGCGAUGUACGCCCACUCAGCACACAGGGAUUGGGAGUGCGACAAUUCGAUUCCUGCGUCUGCGGCGAAGUGCAAAGAUAUCGGCAGGCAGCUUAUCGAGGAUCUUCCUGGCAGGAAUUACAAUGUGAUUAUGGGAGGAGGCAGACAGAUUUUGAAGACAAACUCCACUCCUUUUCCUGAGGACCCGAUCGUAAUGAAGAAGUCCUGCGUACGAACGGAUGGUCGCGACUUAAUCAAAGAAUGGGCUGAGGAUAAAGCAGCCAAAGAAUUGAAGUACGCUGUGGCCAACAACACCGGAACUCUAAGAGAUGUCGAUAUAGAGAACACCGAUUAUCUUUUGGGUAUCUUCGCUAACGAUCAUAUGUUGUACGAAUACAAAAGAGAUAAUUCAGAAGCAGGCAUGCCAUCUUUAGCAGAAAUGACGACUACGGCACUCAAGAUACUUAAGAAAAAUGACAAUGGAUUCCUUCUUAUGGUCGAAGGAGGUUUGAUCGACAAAGCGCACCACAACGGCAAAGCACGCAUCUCAUUGGUUGAAGUAUUAGCUUUCAACGACGCGAUAAACGCGACGAUGACGCUGCUACAAGAAAAUGGAAUCGAAGGAGAAACUUUGGUGAUAGUGACCAGCGACCAUGCCCACACACUCACCAUCAGCGGCUAUCCGAGUAGAGGAAACAGUAUUCUGGGAUUAGCAGAUGUUUCCAAAGUGGACGGGGUGCCCUACACUACACUAGGCUAUGCUAACGCCGGUCCAAGCAAUUAUCACUACGCAGUAGUCAAUGGAUCUGUAGUACGUGAAGAUCCUUCCAAAGUGGAUACCAAAUCCUUCGAUUACGGAGCACAAGCGGCCGUUCUUCAAGAUGAGAAUAAACAUGGUGGAAACGACGUAUUCGUAUACGCUAAAGGACCCUUCGCUCACCUGUUCCACCGGAUGCACGAACAGAACUACAUAGCAGCUGUAAUAAAAUACGCAGCGAGGCUCGGCGAGUUCCAAAAUCUCGACAAAGAACCUUCAUCAUCAUCAUUUCUCCAGCCUUCCACGGCCUCUGUUAUCAUCUCUUUAGCGAUUGCUAUCUCCGUCUUCAAUAUGAAUAAGUUUAAUAUAUCUUAA